AAAGUAUGUCUACUCCUUCGCUCCAUUACAUGUGAAGAAUCCAUCAAGGUCUUCUAUUCUUUCGAUUCAUUCACUUGGAUUCGAUACUGCUACGUUCUAGAAGCUCCACGUCACAGGGACCACUGUCAUCCUUCUUCUCUCCGAGAUGUUCUCUUCGAUCUUGGCCCUCGUGGCCGCUGCCAGCGUUGCUACAGCCGAAUAUGUUCGCUGCGGAACAGCACAACCCAACUCUACGCACGUGGCUGAGAUGAACGAUGCCUUCUUCGCUGCAGACCUUCAACGCGUUGUUGCCCAGGCCGUGUCUGUCAACACUUACGUCCACAUUGUCACGACAUCGGCGAAAUCUGGACAAUACACAAAAGCCCAAGCACAGCAACAGAUGAGCGUCAUGAACGAAGCAUAUGCUCCUCUCGGCAUCUCCUUCAACACUCAAGCAAUCGACAUCACCGUCAACAAUGCCUGGGCCGCCGCCUCCCAAGGCAGUUCCGCCGAACGCCAAAUGAAGCAAACCCUCCGUCAAGGCUCCUACAGCGACCUUAACCUCUACUUCCUCUCCGACCUCGGUGGAGGUCUCUUGGGAUUCUGCUACUUCCCUCUCGCAAGCCCAACCUCUUCGGACAAGAUUCUCGACGGAUGCAUUAACCUUGCUGGAAGUCUGCCAGGCGGUGAUGCCACCAACUACGACGAGGGUUACACUGCUGUGCACGAGACUGGUCACUGGUUCGGCCUCUACCACGUCUUCCAAGGUUCCGCCUGCACUGGCUCCGGCGACCAGGUCUCCGACACUCCUAUCCAGAAGACCGCCACAAGCGGCUGCCCUGCUUCGCAAGAUUCUUGCCCCAACGCCGCCGGCGCAGACAGCAUCCACAACUUCAUGGACUACAGCUACGACCGCUGCAUGUACGAGUUCACUUCUGGACAGAGCCAGCGUGCGAAUGCUAUUUACUCGCAGUACCGUGCUGGAAAAUGAAUUUUCACGGCUUCAUAGCUAGAGCGGUUUGAAACCAAAAUCGACAGAUAGCGAAGG